CGAAUAGAUUAGUAUUGAACGUUUAACGUGGCGGACGUGUUUUUUGCAAGAAGAACACCUCUUUACGUCUGUAUGUGCGGCAGCAGUGCGGUGCGGUGCGGAGUGGAUCGAUCAAUUAUCGUGCGUAUUGACUUCGAAGGCGAUUUCGUUCGUUUCGUUAUCACAAGAAUUGUAGGAAAACCCAAAGAAAAGCUAUUGCGAAGCCUACAACAAGAAUUUUAUGGCGGCGGCUACGACGGUGGUGUCUCAAAUAGUAGAUGUGAAUAUUCCAUAAAAGAAUAAAAUUUCAAAUGUUUUAAUCAACAUCAAAACGUGCAUAUAUCUCGUCGUUAGACUAUAAUCACACAAUGGAAAAAUUACAAAUUGACAAAUCUCAACUUAGCACUCCAACUUCGACGGCGACCACGCCCACAUCACGUCCAUCUUCGCGACGUACCUCAACUAUCAUUCCGCGCGAUUCGCUGCCAACACCUCCACCCGAUCCCCGAUGUAGCAGUCAAAGUGAUAACUUUUUCAUAUAUCCACCAACGGAGAAGGAUCUACCGUCAGAGUUGCAUGGCCUAUUGCGCUAUGCCGAACGGCAAGAGGAAUAUCAGCAGACAUUACAGAAGAAAAUUGCCAGCGAUUGCCGCAAUUUGCACCAGAACCCCGGUGAAGACUCUUCAAAUACCGGCCAAGAUGAUAAGCAACACAAGUGUACAUAUUGUGAUAAAGUUCGCAAAGAAUGUUGUGAAUUUAUGGAACCCUUGCAGUUUCGCCUAAACGGGGCGGUAACAGCCGCAUUGGCUGCCUAUGGUGCCAUAGAGCAAUUGAAUCAUCUAUACUCGAUGUGGGAGCAAUACAUUACCAAGGAAAGAGAAAUGCGAGAGCGUAAAGAGUGUUUGCGCUAUAUAAAGCUUUUGGAGAAAAAAGCUGCAGAAUCACUUAAAGGAGCUACAGAAAAAUCUCAAGAUUUGGCUGGUACUCCAUUAACUGACAAUGAAAUCGACCCUCAGGAUAUGGAAAAAUCCAUUGCUCUAUUGGAAACCAUAUUAAGCCCAGAGCUGUUGGCACGCUACAAAUCUCAUGAUUACAAAUUACAACGUGAGCGCAGCAAAUCUUUCAUAAUCGAAGAUAUGCCAAGUUUAAAAGCUGAUCGUGAGGCUUCCAAAAGUCACGUUGGCAUUCCUCAUCUACUGCGUCGUCAGAGCACAUAUUGUGAUAGCAAGUCGAAAGUCUCCAAAUGGACUAAAGUCAAGGCGGCCUUCAAAUGGGAAAAGGCCAAUGUACCAAUUAUGUAUGAGACACACAAAGAUGGCGCCCAUAUUGGACUGCAGCCAAACAAUACCGAAGUAGCAAGAUAUUUACGCGUACCCUCCGCACCGUGCGGCAACAGUUCCGCCGACAGCAUCCUAAGUUCAUCGUCCGGUCAUUUGCUAAGUGAAACCGGUACUCCUGGUACCAUCAGCUCGGCCAGUUCAAUAGACGAUAUUGAUAACACCAGUGGCUGCGGCGUUAGUGGUGGUGGCGGAGGCCUCAGUAAUAUGAGGCGAGACUCUUCGAAGAGUGAAACAUUGGAAACUCAAACCGAAAAAUCCAUGCCACAGUCCACAGUGCAAGAAUCCAAAUCAGCCGACACCUUGAAUGUGGAUGAUUCCAAAUAUACCAUGCCCCCAAAAUCCUCGUCAAGUAAAUCUAUAAGACGCAGCAAAUUGGUAUCGGAUUUUGAGGUGGUGCCCGAGGAUGUGGAGGCUGUCAUAAAGACCCAAGCGAAGAGAAAGAAUCCUCCACGACCACUGGAUUUGAACCUAAGACAGGAUCUAAACGACUCUGAGAACUAUUACAUGUCGACGCAUUUGCUAAAGGCCAGUCCUCAAGAAGGGACCCAGUCAUUGAAUCGAGCUCUUAAAAAGGUCAGCUCACCGGUUAAUUCCUCGGUGCCCUCCAGUCCCUCCAGACAUUCAGAUUUUUUUGCAGAGUUCGAGAGUGAAGAAUUGUCUAGUGGCGAUUUUUCAGAACCCAAUUCACCCAACCAUCUUACUUCGCGCCAAAGUUUUGAACGACAGCAGGAGGAGAUAAAUCGUCGCUAUCAAGUGUUAAGAGCCAAAUUAGAUGAAGAAUUCGAGUCCAAGCGCAAGGAAUGGGAGAAAUUAAAGUCUAAAAAAGCUUUGGCUUUAGUUUCCGCACCCAAACCUCCGGAACCUUUAUCGCCCAGCCAUACUACCACCAGCAUGGGUAGCAAUUUUUCAGCAAAGCUUUUAGAGGAAAAUCUUACACCCGAUUUCAAGAAGAAAUUACAGAAAUGGCGUGUUAAGAAACAGGCCUCUAUAGGUGGCAUACAUGGUGCACCUGUUUCGCCACUCUCCCCGAAGGAGACAAAUGCUUCGUGUUCUAAUGUGCCCAAAGAUGCUAAAAUCGAUUGGAAUCUUUGGAAAACUGGACAAUUGAAAUUAGAAGGUCAAGGCUUAAAACCUCUGCCAGAUCAAAAAGAUUUGCCGGAGGAGUUUCAGAAGAAAUUGGAAGAAUGGAAUAAAAUUAAGCGUGGAGGUUCUGCCACAAAUUGUACCGAUUCCAUGAAGCGUAAUAAACAAGGCGGUCUUGCUAAAAAAGGCGAAUCGGAUGAUGAUCGUGGCGGUGGUGGGGGCAGCAGUGAUAAAGAUAAGCGUUUGGAUAAGCACAAACACCAUGAUAAAGAGAAAUCAGAAAGAUUGGCCAAGCUUAAGGCAAUUGUCAGUGAUCAUCCGGCCAAAGAAAUCGAAGUGAAAACAUCUGCGGGCGUUAUGAAGUUUGAGGGUAUUUCCCGCAAGUUUACACGUAAACUUUAUGAAUGGGAAAAAGCCCGUGGCAUAGGACCGGAAUCAUCAACUUUUGCUCUCCUACACCCUGGUUACUGUCCCAUUGAUGUCAAAAGAAUUUCCAAAGAGACACAUAAUCAUGAAAAUUCUCCUACGCUAAGUCGCUCUCUAUCAUUGGACAGCAUAUCGCCUAGCAUUGCCUUGCCGGUGAUAUCACAGCAAGCUUCCAGUCUCUCAUUGAAUGAUGUCAAUGAUCUGAAGGAAAUGGAAGGUGUUGUCAGUAGUACCGAUGCUUUGGCCAUCGAUAGCGACUACAAGAAAUACGAUGAGCCCGAGGCAGUUAUGGUUGAAGUUGAGGAUCACAUAGUAGAGACAGCCUCACCGCUGGUAAUGGCCAAUCCCAUAGUGAAGAAACAAACACCCGUUUAUAAAUAUGAGGAAAAAGCUUGUAAAGAUUUUUGCAAUACAAGAAAAAUACAAAGUUUUGAAUCUCACACAAAUUUGGCUCCACUCUUGAAUGUUUUGAAAAAUUCCGAAGAGCUCCUGAAGUUGUUGAAGAAGAAAUCCCCCGAAAUAGCUGAAAACACAGCUUUGCGUUUUUGCGAAAGUACUUUGGCCUUGAUACGAAGCAGUUAUUCCUAUUAUUCGUCGAAUUUAAUGAAACCAAAUGUUUUGAAUGCCAUUUCGGAUGUGCAAAAUGAAUUAAGUCGUCUAAGAGUUUUGUGUGAGAAAAGCCCUCUGGACGAGGCCUGCUGUCAGGAAGUCAUGGAGGAACGUAAUACCGAAUAUAACGAGGAGUUCGAAGGAUUGCACGAGACUUUGGAUAUUUUAAAGCAAAAUAUACAAGGUGGUAUGCCGCGUUACUCCAAGGAUAUUGUACCCGAUAUCAAUAUAAUCACCGAUGAAGGUUUCAAUUCCUCCUUUGUACAGUCCAGUGACAAUAAUCGCAACGAUAACUUGUCCACCACAUUGGAGGCCACCGAUGAAUUAAGCACAUCCAUGGUUGAAAAUGAUACAGAGGGAAUGGAGCCCGUUGCACCUACUAAUGCCAAUGCCACUGCAGAUGCAGUAGCAACAACUACAGCAACAAUACGCUUUGUUGCUACUAGCGCGAAUGGUAAUAGUAAUGGUGGCAGCAGCGGUGGCUGUGGUACCAAAAAGAAGGUGCGUUUGCGUAAAAUGGGAUCAAGGCAGAAUAGCAAGACGGAAAGCGACAGCAGUGAUGAGGAUAAUUUGAAUGUCUUAGAGACACCAAGACGUUUGAAGCGUAAAAAUUAUCGCCUGAAGCAAAGAUCCUUUGACGAGGAUCCCAGUUCUGCCACAAUUGCCGAAGAGGUAGGCGAAUGUGUUCUCAAGGAUACCGAAACCAAAAUGACGCGCCCAAUGAACCUCCCUUUGGCUACUUCGACUUCCUUGCCCAGUGUUUUUGUGAAGACCAAGCGAAAAUUAUUCACCACCGUUCAAAAGCCUUCAGCAAUAGAUGGUCUAGCCGUAAUUGAGCAGGAAGUCAUUCACUCGCCCACAGAAACUGAUGGUAAAUCACCCCACAAAAGUAUUGAAGAAGACUCCGGGAAAUUUCAGGAGUUUCAAAUGUCUCAAAAUCCCCGAAGGGGAACUCUGCAGCGUGAAGAUACGCUCAAAGCCUCUGAUUCGGAGAAUUUAAUAAACAAUCUUAUAAAUGAUAUAAAGCCUCGUAUUCUACUGGUGCACAAGUCCAUAAGUCUGGAAGAUAUGAGGGCAGAAAUGGACUCUGAAGAUACAAAGCGAAAAUCGCACAGCAUGGAAAGCCUGAAACAGGGCGAUAAAAAGUGGAGUUCCAAAGAGCCACGUGCCCCACUGGCUUCGGAUAGUUUUCGGAAAAUCGCUUGCAGCGCAGAAAGCACCUCCCGGCUUUCGAACAUAUCUCGAAUACAAUCCCUUUUGGGAACCGCCAAGAAAAAGGAUCAUCUCUUUAAGAAACAUCCCGAAAAGCCAUUCGUACCUCACAGCUUUGUAAACAAAGGCGCCACUUUUAAGAAAAUCGAAUCAAGCAGAAUUGCCAAAACCCAAUCGAGUUCUCAAGUCAGUGAAUCAGCAUUCUUGUCUCCGGACAAAUUUGACAAUACCAUGCCACGCAUAGCGCGCAAAUUGGAGCGCAAAUCCCUAACGCCCACUACACAGCACAUCAAAUUCGACUUCCCACCACCCAAUGUAUCCGAACCCACUACCCCAGUAUUUGAACAAUAUAAUCGACCUUUGACCCCACUAACGCAAAGAGCGCUGCGUUUGCAAAAGGCCAAAGAAGAAUUCCUGCGUUCCAAGCCUUGUCCCAAAGCGGUGGUGAAACUAAGAGAAAGCGUUCCCAAAACAGAGAAAUGGUUUGAAAAUCGCCAAAGCGAUUUGAGUUUGAGUUCGACCACCGCCGAUGAGAGUUCCAUGAGAGGUAUGCAUUUGGAUCACUUGGACUCGGAUGUACAGAAGAGUCUUAGUGCCGACACCAUACGCGCUGAAUCACCACCCACUCAAUCGGAUACUGGCACCGAUCAAGAUUUUGGAGGCAUUUAUGACUCAUUGCCGCGACAAGUGACGCGUUCCGGCAAAAUAUCCAGCAAACUGGGUUUUGCCACCUUAGCCUCCAAAUUGCGAAGGGUGAAGGGUAAAAAGCCCAAAGAGCCCAAAAGAGCAGUGGCAACAGCCAUGGGCGGUGCAGUUGGGGGCAGUGCCCUCAGUGCACUUUGUAGACAAAGUCUAUUUGCCGAUAUUAUUGCUGUACCUCAGCAAUUGGCAGCUGGAGACGAGAGUAAACCCCCAUAUGGCAGACCAGGACCCUUGGGUGAUAAUGUCAUGAAGUCCCAGUCCUCACCACAUGCCAUUUUUAGAGGGGCACCCAAUGAAAUGGCGCGUUUGCAAGCAAACACCGAGCGUCUGAACAAAUCACAGAGUGAGCAGUAUGUGAAACGUCACAAAGAGAGUUAUGUAUAGUCUAGUCAAGUCAACUCAGUGUUUCGAAAUAUUUAUUAUUUAUGUAUCUCUUACCACAUUUACAUGCAAACAUACAUACAUACACCCAUAUAUAUGUAUAAAAAUAUAUAAUGAUUUUUUUUAAUAUAGUCUGUAAAAUUUUACAAAAACUAUUGUUCCACAUACCCCAUAAACCCCAUAAUACAAAACCAAAUCAACAAAAACGGUCCAAAGAUUUUUAUUCUGUAAAUUUUGUAAUCUGUUGUUAAUUUAUUGAAUAUUUUUAUAAAAAAAAACAGGAAUAAACGCAAAACAUACGGUUUUAA